AUGAAAGAAAAGUACAAUCAACCUACAAGACCAUUGUAUCUUUCGGUUCCUUCUAGUUGCAUGAGUCAGAGGAAUUCGGCCUCCACGAACGACACUCCUCAUAGUUGCAGUUUACCAACGAUUCACACAAGAAGUUCUUCCAAAACAUGUACAACAUCAAAGCAGAAUUCUUUGGACCAAUCCAACACUGAAUACAGGCCAGCAAUACAUGUGUUCAAAGUAUUUGAAGUUACCAAAUCACCAAAGAAAGAUUGGACAAAACCUUUAAGAAAACGAUCCUCACAAUGUAUAUCACUUAAAGAGAUGAUUUCUGUUCUUCAUUUGACUCAACCUCAAGCAUGUAAAGUGUUAGGAUGUAGUGUUUCAACUGUGAAACGGAGAUUUAGUGAAUUGAAACAACAAAUUGGGUUGUCACAGUGGCCAAAGGAUUAUUUUGAAUUGGAAAAGACAGAGUUAUUUGAGAAGAUCUAUCCAUUGUCAUUAAGUUUCAUUCUCAAUCAUGACGAUGAGGGUUGUUCCAGUCUCACCACGUCGAAAAAUCAGCAGGAAAGAUAA